CCUAAUCUCCUCUCUAUUUAUCUUAAGUUAACUUCAAUUCAUCGUUUAAUUUAAAACACUUAUUAGCAUCGUCCUAACUCCUAACCAUGCUGCCUGUGGACACUGCACGCUUUAUUAUUGGCAUAAUCGGGAACGUUAUAUCUCUGGUCUUGUUCUUGUCACCUUUACCUGCAAUUGUGAAAAUAUGGAGUGAAAGAAAAGUAGCACAUUUCUCAUCUGCACCAUACCUAGCCACAUUCAUCAACUGUGGCCUUUGGUUAGUGUAUGGAACUCCCAUUAUUCACCCCAAGGGCCUGCUCGUGAUGACCAUCAAUGGCGCGGGCGUAGCCAUUGAAGUCGUCUUCUUGUUUGUAUUUUUCUUUUGUUCAGACAAGAGAAAAAGGUUGGAAUUAGGGGUCGCCAUCCUCGUCGAAGUUAUUUUCUUUGCAGCUCUGGUUGCUCUGGUCAUUACCCUUGCACAUACUUGGGAAACUCGGUCUGCUGUUGUUGGUGGCAUUGCAGCACUAGCUAGUAUUGUCAUGUACGCUUCUCCUUUGGCAAGCAUGAAAUUGGUGAUCACCACGAAGAGUGUGGAAUACAUGCCAUUGUCCCUUUCAGUUUGUUCAUUAGUGAAUAGUCUCUGUUGGAGUCUCUAUGCCCUUAUGCGAAUGGAAAUCUUUAUUCUGGCACCUAAUGGUAUUGGAGUGCUACUUGGGCUUGCCCAAAUUCUAUUGUAUGCGAAGUACUACAAAUCCAGCAAAGGUGUUGAAAGGAAGCGAGUUCUUGUGGAAGUUGGGUCAGAAGUUGGCUUGACCCAGGGAAACAAGAAACCAAUGAGUGAGGCUUGAAAGAAAUGGCGCAAUAGUUACCCUCCUUGGAUACAUGAUAACAAAACAUUCUCUACUUCAUGCAUAUUACAUUUAUGUUACAAUACAAUAUAUAUGAAAUAUGUAGUAUAUUUUUCUCUCAUCCCAAGUAAUUUUUUAUCAAAAAGUUGUCAUAUAGUAAUAUCAAGUGUAUUAUUAAUUUAUUAUUUAUCGAAAAUUCCCGGG